AUGGCUUCAGAACGGCCCCUCGUGUUCUUCGACAUUACCAUCGGCGGUAAGCCCGCUGGUCGUGUCGUAAUGCAGCUGUACAACGAUGUCGUCCCGAAGACCGUUGAGAAUUUCCGCGCACUAUGUACCGGCGAGAAGGGAGAAGGGCAGUCCGGAAAGCCCUUGCAGUACAAGGGUUCGGCGUUCCACCGUGUGAUCAAAGGGUUCAUGGUACAAGGUGGUGAUUUUACGCAAGGAAACGGGACGGGUGGUGAGUCUAUCUAUGGGGAGAAGUUUGAAGACGAGAACUUCGAAGUCAAGCACACGAAGCGUUUCCUAUUAUCCAUGGCAAACGCUGGUCCGGGGACAAACGGCUCGCAGUUCUUCAUCACCUGCAGUGCCACGCCGCACCUUGACGGGAAACACGUCGUCUUUGGCGAGGUCAUUCGUGGCAAGUCCGUCGUUCGCGCAAUUGAGAGUACACCGACUAGCUCCGGGGACGUGCCAACGGCGCCAUGUGUCAUCGCAGACUGCGGUCAGCUCUCACCCGACGACCCGUGCCUCUCGGAGAGCGCUGCCGCGAAUGACAGUGACCCGUACGAAGACUACCCCGAUGACCAGGACUCGGUAGACGGCCAGAAUGUCAUUGAGAAGCCGGAGGCUGCGCUGAAGGUUGCAAGGGAGGUCCGGGAGAUCGGCACGAAAUUGUUCAAGGAGGGUAAGGCCGAAGACGCGCUUGCCAAGUAUCAGAAGUCGAUACGUUAUCUCGACAUGCAUCAGACGCUCCCGGAUGAUGCCCCGCCCGAACUUAAGGACUCGUAUGACGCACUGCUUGCACCGCUCUUCCUCAACUCCGCGCUGGCAGCGCUUCGUGCGGGCGGGACCGCGAAUGCAGGAAUCGCGCUCAGGGCUGCGGACCGCGCGCUGGAGAUGCAGCUCAGCGAUGCGGACAAAGCGAAAGCGCUCUACCGUCGGGCACUUGCAAAUGCUAUUUUGAAGGAGGACGACAGUGCCGAAGAAGACCUCGUCGCAGCGAGUGAACUCGUAAAGGACGACAAGGCGAUCCUGAGUGAGCUGGAGAAAGUGCGACAGCGGAAGAAGGAAAAGAAGGACAAGGAACGCAAGGCGUUCAAGAAAUUAUUUGCAUGA